CCACUGCUGCGUUAUCCAAAUUUCCCACAUUCUAUUUUCCUCUUCAGCUUUCCCAAAGUCUUAACCCAUUCACAAUCACAAAGCCGCGGCGAAUCUCCGCCGACUGUUUCCAGUUUCCAUGGCUGCUCCCCUAUUUGCCCUUCUUCUCUUCUUCUUCUAUGGCUGCAGCUCCUCUCUGGUCAUCCCCGUUUCCAAAGAUCCCUCCACCAAUCAGUAUUUGGCCACCGUCAACCACGGCUCUCCGAUUAGCCCCAUCCGCCUCGCCGUCGAUCUGGGCGGACCGUUUCUCUGGAUGGGCU